UAUUAAACAAAAAAAAAUUAAAAAUAUGGCUUAAAGAAUUACAUACAGAAGACGCUGUUCAUAUAACACUAGAUCAAACAAAAUCAGAAAAGUAAAGACUCCUGGUGGAAAAAUUAAUGCUUAAUACGUCAAAAAAGUAGUAGUCAAUUAAAAAUGUGCCGAGCCUGGAUGUGGUGCAUUAUUAAACGGUAUUGCAAAUGUAAGAGCUAGUGCUUUAUCAACAAUGAGCAGAAGAUAAAAAACUGUUUCUAGAACUUAUGGAGGUCAUAUUUGCCACCAUUGUGUAAGAACUAGAAUUGUUAGAUCUUUCUUAUCUGAAGAAGUUAGAAUUAUUAAAAGAAGUUUAGCUUAAAAACCUAAAAGUGAUAAAAAAAAGAAAAGAACCUAAAAAGCUAAAUGAAAGGCGAAAUUUUAUAUUAUAUUUUUUUUUUUAUUAAUAAAAAAAGGGAGGGGUAUAAGGGAAAUAAAAUAAUAAAAAAAAAAAUAAUAUAAUUUUUUUUAUAUAUAAUAAUAAAAAUAAUGUUGUAUUCUUUUUUUAAAAUAUUUAAACUUAAUUAUUU